ACUCGGCUUCAUUCUGAAGUAAAGCCGGGAAACAGCCAGCAGGGCUUUCUUCCAGCCCAGAUGUUGCUUUUCAAGUAGUGGGGUGCUUUUUGUUUGUUUGUUUGUUUGUUUGUUUUGUUUGUUUUGGGUGCAUGGGCACCGUUUUCGGUUCUUUACAGUACUUUCCAGGAAUAUGAAUGCAGACACAUACAGUUAAGGUCAGGGUGGAUUGCCAGUUGCUUCAGCUGUUAAACGUUGGUUAUAAAUUUAGCAAAUUCUUAAUCUGUCGUCACUUGUUUGUUUCUGUGCGACUGGCCUCUAGUUUCUUACGUGGUGGGUGCUCAAUUAAUGUCGUUGGAUGAAAUCACAAAUAGAUCCCAAUCCCUAGUCAUGCUUGCAGAUGGGUCAGGGGCUGUGGAGAGUGGCCAGAAACCAGCAGCUACAGCAGGAAGGCUACGGAGAGCAAGGCUACCUCAGCAGAGAGCAGAGCAGGAGGAUGGCGGCCAGCAGCGUUUCCAGCACCAGUCAUCGCAAACAGGUCCAGGGCGGCAUUGAUAUAUAUCAUCUUCUGAAGACAAGGAAAUCUAAAGAACAGGAAGGGUUCAUUAAUUUGGAAAUGCUGCCUCCCGAGCUGAGCUUUACCAUCUUGUCCUACCUGAAUGCUACGGACCUCUGCUUGGCCUCCUGUGUUUGGCAGGACCUGGCGAACGACGAGCUGCUCUGGCAAGGGUUGUGUAAAUCCACAUGGGGUCACUGUUCCAUAUACAAUAAGAACCCGCCUCUGGGAUUUUCUUUUAGAAAACUGUACAUGCAGCUGGAUGAAGGCAGCCUCACCUUUAAUGCCAGCCCAGAUGAGGGGGUGAACUACCUUAUGUCCAAGGGCAUCCUAGACGAUUCACCAAAGGAGAUAGCAAAGUUCAUCUUCUGUACAAGGACACUAAACUGGAAAAAACUGAGAAUCUAUCUUGAUGAAAGGAGAGAUGUCUUGGAUGACCUUGUAACACUGCAUAAUUUUAGAAAUCAGUUCUUACCCAAUGCACUGAGAGAAUUUUUUCGUCACAUCCAUGCCCCUGAAGAGCGUGGGGAGUAUCUUGAAACACUUAUAACAAAGUUCUCACAUAGAUUCUGUGCUUGUAACCCUGAUUUAAUGAGAGAACUUGGCCUUAGUCCUGAUGGCGUCUAUGUGCUGUGUUACUCUCUGAUCCUGCUUUCCAUUGACCUCACUAGCCCUCACGUGAAGAACAAAAUGUCAAAAAGAGAAUUUAUUCGAAAUACCCGCCGUGCUGCUCAAAACAUUAGUGAAGAUUUUGUGGGGCACCUUUAUGACAACAUCUACCUUAUUGGCCACGUGGCUGCAUAAAAGCACAAUUGCUAGGACCUCACCUCUUAACUUCAGACUAAAGCUACCCAAGGACUUGUUCAGCAGAUACGGGGGUUGCAUUAGUGCUGGGCAUUCUAGCCUCUGUAUACAAUCAAGCUUGACUGUACAACCUCUUUUUCUUUUACUCUUUUCUUUUUUUAGUAAUUUCCUUGGGGAACUAAAGAAUUUUGCAGAAUUUUUCUUAAUUUUGCUUAUCAUGUUUUGCACAAAGCGGAGCCAUUGUCUGACCCAGCUGUUUAAGAAUGUUCAACUGACAUUAUAGUCUAAAAAAAGAUGGUAUAUUUGUGCAUUAGAUUUGCCUGAAAAACUUUAUUCAUUUCCAUUCUUUUUUAAAAUACCAUGUAAUGUGUACAUAUUUAACUAAAAAGAUUUAUAAUCAUAAUUAUUUUAUUGUAAAGAUUUUAACUAAAGCCUUUCCUUUUUCUCUCAAA